GUUCUUCAUUUACCAGAGCUUGUCAUCUCAGUUGAUCUGCACUGCACAUAAUUCUUGUUUUACAUUUUAACAUUUGGCAACAAUUUCAUUUUGUAGUUUUUUCAGGAAGGAGUUUUAUUAAGAUAAUUUAAAACCUGGAAUAUGUUUGCUCCCAAUGUAGACAUCAUUCCUUUCCCUGGCCUGCUUUCACAGAGACUGUCUGAGAAGGCAGUGUAGCAAAAAUUAUGUCCUUAUCAGCCUACAAGGUGAGAAACAUAAAAAAAAAUAGAUAUACAGUAUAUUUUAUAUAUAUAUAUAUAAAACUCAGUUAAAGGGGUAGUUCACCCAAAAAUAAAAAGUCUCUCAUCAUUUUCUCACCCUCAUGCAAUCCCAGAUGUGUAUGACUUUCUUUCUUCUGCAGAACACUUCAGCCUAUCUCACUUUAGCCCCUUACAAUGCAAGUAAAUGAUGACUAUAACUUUGAAGCUCCAAAAAGCAUAUAAAGGCAGCAAAAAAGUAAUCCACAAAACUCCAGGGGUUAUAUCCAUGUCUUCAAAAGUGAAAUGACAGGUGUGGGUGAGAAACAGAACAAUAUAUAAGUGCUUUUUUUUUAACAGUCAGUGUCCACUUUCACAUUCUGCUUUUGGCCAUUCACGUUCUUUGUGCAUUUCACCACCUACUGGUCAGGGCUGUUCAAAGGUGGAGAUUUAUAUUUAAAAAGGACUCAUAGGCCCCCUUUACACCUGGCAUUAACAUACAUUUUCUGUGUUUGGAUCACAAUCGGCUCAUGAUUGAUCACAUUGCCAGGUGCAUAUGCACCCAAAACGCAUUGUGAACUGAUUGUGAUCAGAUCACUGAAACCACAUUUGGAAGUGGUCUGGGAUGGACUCUGAACACAAUAAUGGUGUAAUUGCAAAAUAAUUAUCUUUAUCCGGAAAGAACUAUGUAAAUAAUGAAUUAUAUGAAGGAGUUGCCCAACAGUCAUCUGUCAUUGACAGCAACGCUGUGUUGUGUUCUUGCCUUUUUCUGUUAAUUCAGCCAUCGCGAUUUGAAAAACACAACAGACACUGCUGUCUUGCAAUCUUGUUACAUAACAAGAUCACAUUAAUUAUUCCAAUGGAAUACACUUGGAAUAUCCCAUCUCUCCCCUGUCCUACAAUCAAGAUAUGCUCAGAUUUAGAAACAGAAGCAGGAUUAUGCCGUCAUUCCACAUGCCAGUCAAAGACAUUUUAUUUUAUCCCCUUUCUCCUCAAUUUAGAAUGCCCAAUUCCCACUACUUAGUAGGCCCUUGUGGUGGCGUGAUUACUCACCUCAAUCCUGGAGGCGGAGGACAAAUCUCAGGUGCCUCCGCUUCUGAGACCGCCAAUCCAGGCAUUUUAUCACGUGGCUUGUUGUGCAUGACACCACGGAGACUACUGAGAAAAAAAAACCCUAAUCACGACCACAAGGAGGUUAUCCCAUUUGACUCUACCCUCCCUAGCAACCCGGCCAAUUUGGUUGCUUAGGAGAUCUGGCUGGAGUCACUCAGCACACCCUGGAUUCAAACUCGCAACUCCAGGGGUGGUAGUCCGCAUCUUUACUCGCUGAGAUACCCAGGCCAUCCUUUGCAAUUAUUACGAUUUUGCUAUCCAAAAUUAGGGUAGCAAAAAAGGUAGGAGAAAUAAUUUACAAAAGCUGAUGUAUGCAAAGGACAGAGGCUAGAAAUAAAGCUCUUUGACACUGAGGCAUCUUUUCCUCUAGUGUGGUGAGCAACUACAGUUACAUUUAUAUCUGCAUGUUUUAUUUUUGUAAUCAGUUUCCUACAUUAAGUGAUUCAUUCCUUUUUUUAUCCAGUUGGGAAAAAGAGACCAUUUGGCUUGUACAAACACUGACAAUGAAUUGAAAAUGAAUUGUGUAAAUGUAUGUGCUUUCUCUUAGUGCUCUUCGUUGCCGAUCCUUGCACACCUUUGACAGUUUUCGCAAUUGUAUGAUAGCAACUGUGACCUCAAAAACAAUCAUUACCCUCAACCCUGGUAGGCAUGUGAAAGGCUGGCUUAAAGAAUAAAUUUAAAUAGUUUCCAUUAUAUUAUCAUUUUGACAAUUGGAAAUUAUUACAAUUGUUGAAUAUUUUGUUUUAUAAAAUCUUAGAUACAGCAGAGGCCAACCAGCUGUACAUGUGUAUUAGGGGAUUGUUAGAUACUGGAGAACCCAAUAUUUUCUCCUAGGUGUUCAGAGUAAGACUUGAGAUAUACAUCUAGACAACUACAUAACAAAAUAAAAAAAACACACACACAACAAAGCAACAGCCACAUACUAAAAUUGUUUCCAUUCUUUCUCAGUGGAUUCAGUUAGUGAUGUGCUGACUGUAAACCAACUUAAAGCUAGAUUUCUGGAACAUGCCAAUGCCUUUCACUGCAUAACAUAUAGGUUCAUUGCAACUCAUGAACUAGACUCCUCCAUCUCAAAAGUCAAAUGCAACAGAUGGUAAGUCUGAAAUGCUUUGAUAGUUACAGCUGUAGAGAUGUUACAACUCUAAGUUUUAAUGGAUCAUUUUUGCACUAGUGCAAAAUGCUAAUUUCAAAUCAACGAGGAGAGUCAGACAUGUUUCAAUGGUGCCUGUCCAAGUCAAGGACAACAGCUCCAGGUCACAACAGGCUUUGAUCUGCUGGUGGACAUUAGUGACUGCGGCCUGGCAGGCACAGUGGCUGAGAAAACCCUGGGCUGUAAAGUGAGCACAUCUAUAACAUAUAUUAGUGCUAGUCAAGACAGAUGUGGAUGUAAAUUCAAACAUAUGAGUAAAUUUACCUCAUGCUUUCAACAUUAAAAACAAUCAUAAAGAUAAACCAUUUUCUCUUGUUAUUUUUUUCUUUGAUAAGAAACUUUUUUGAUUGUGUAACCCUUGGGUUCAUCCCCUAAACAAAGAAUUUAUAAACAGAUUAGUAGCUAUAUCUAAUACUAAAUAUUAUAUAAUUAGUAUAAAUAUGUGUACUGGGAAAAAAUAAAAAAUUACAAUAUUUAUCUUGACAGACAGAAGACUUUCUGUAACUGAAGGACAGAUGUGAAGUGGAAGUUUCUCCUAGAGAGAUGUGAAAAGUAUCUGAAGGUCCAUCUGCCAAGAGUGGAGUGAGGGUGCGAAACUCUCGUUGGGUCUGGCACGACUUCAUCAUGAAUGUGAAUCAAGGGACAGUCGGCAGUGAUCCGGUGAUACUCGCCACUGCUGGAUAUGAUCACACCGUCAGAUUCUGGCAAGCACACAGUGGAAUAUGCACAAGAACUGUUCAACACCAGGACUCUCAAGUUAAUUCUCUAGAAGUAACACCUGAUAGGAGCAUGAUUGCUGCUGCUGGUUAUCAGCACAUACGCAUGUAUGACUUAAACUCAAAUAAUCCAAACCCAGUGAUCAAUUAUGAUGGUGUCAGCAAGAACAUCACUUCAGUUGGCUUCCAUGAAGAUGGUCGGUGGAUGUACACAGGUGGAGAAGACUGCAUGGCUCGAAUCUGGGACCUGAGGUCAAGGAACCUACAGUGCCAAAGAAUCUUCCAAGUCAAUGCGCCUAUUAAUUGUGUGUGUCUUCAUCCCAAUCAGGCUGAAUUAAUUGUUGGGGACCAAAGCGGUGUGAUUCACAUCUGGGAUCUGAAAACAGACCACAAUGAACAGCUCAUCCCAGAGCCAGACGUGUCCGUCAAUUCCGUUCAUAUCGAUCCCGAUGCCAGUUAUAUGGCAGCAGUCAACAGCUCGGGUAACUGUUACGUGUGGAAUAUGGCUGGUGGAUUGGGAGAUGAGGUGACACAGCUGAUACCCAAGACCAAGAUUCCGGCCCACAAACGCUACUCUUUACGCUGCAAAUUCAGCCCAGACUCAACAUUGCUGGCCACAUGCUCUGCUGACCAGACCUGUAAAAUCUGGCGAACCUCCAACUUCUCACUGAUGACAGAGUUGAGUAUUAAGAGUAACAACCCAGGAGAGACGUCCAGAGGUUGGAUGUGGGAUUGUGCCUUCUCUGGAGAUUCGCAGUACAUAGUUACAGCCUCCUCCGAUAACCUUGCACGGCUGUGGUGUGUGGAGACCGGAGAGAUCAAACGGGAGUACAGUGGCCAUCAGAAGGCCGUGGUGUGUUUGGCCUUCAAUGACAGUGUUCUUGGAUAGAACGUAAGCAGCCCUCCCACAGUCUGCUAUGAUAGCUGUGGCUGUAGUAACAUGAGGACAUUUGAUUUGAUGCCUUUAUCUAUUAGGCAAUGGUCAUGUCAUGGUAUUAAAUUGAAUUUUUGUGCAUUCAUUUGUAAACAUCAAAGUAAUUCUUGCAUUAAUGAUCAGAUGACUGAACGCAAAAAUGUCAAAUCGGAGUGUCUUGGCAAACUUAAGUGUAUAUUAGGAUAAAUGCACCUUGUUUCUGCCCCCCUCCAGUGUAACUGUACAUUUACUAUAACACAUUUUUGUGUACACCCACAAGUUUGCUCAAUAAACAUUACAUCUUUGUAAUGUGCAGUAACAUAUGCUUCACAUUAUGUUUUGAUUAUUA